AUGGCGACAAUGCGAAGUUCGCGUGGGGCCUUUGCGAGGGCUUCGACGUAUUUCAAUUCAGGGUUACCGUUUACGUGUCGCUCAUAUUCUGCUCAGCUGCGACGCCGGACAUAUGCGACACAGGCUGUUGAUUCCAAAAAGCCGUUUUACGUCACAACGCCUAUUUUCUACGUGAACUCUGCCCCCCAUGUCGGUCACUUGUAUACGAUGGUCCUCGGGGACAUACUGAAAAGAUGGCAGCUGCUGGUCGGCGACAGCAACGCGCAGCUUUUGACGGGAACUGACGAGCAUGGAAUCAAGAUACAGCAAGCCGCCGAGGCUGCAGGCAUGGAAACACAGGCGUUUUGCGACAUGAACUGCCAGACCUUCAAGGACCUCGCCAAAGCCGCCAACCUCAAACACGACCAUUUCAGCCGGACUACCGAUGCAGCACACAAGGACGCGGUGCGAUACUUUUGGGAAAUGCUGCAGCAUCGAGGCUAUAUAUACACAUCCAAACAUGAGGGAUGGUACUCGAUAAGCGACGAGGCCUUUUAUCCGCAGUCGCAGGUGCAGCCGUCGCUUGACCCUGCAACGGGGAGGAAACGCAUGGUUUCGAUUGAAACGGGAAAAGAAGUCGAAUGGUCAGCAGAAACAAACUAUCAUUUCAAGCUGUCCGCAUUCCGGGACCGGCUUCUGCAGCAUUUUAAAGAAAAUCCGGAGCUUAUAAAGCCCCAAAAUGCCAUGGAAAAUAUAGUCAAAUCGGUCGAGUCUGGACUACAGGAUCUUUCGAUAUCAAGGCCUGUGGAGCGGCUGAGCUGGGGCAUCAGAGUCCCAGGUGAUGAAUCCCAGACCAUAUAUGUCUGGCUAGAUGCCCUGGUCAACUAUCUAACCAAAGCCGGGUAUCCUUUCACACCAGGAAAAGAAAAGGAUUCUAUUUGGCCGGCAAACGUCCAGGUUGUUGGGAAAGACAUUGUGCGAUUUCAUUGCGUGUACUGGCCGGCGUUUCUCAUGGCCCUUGACUUGCCCGUCCCCCGCAACGUGCUCGUCCACAGCCACUGGCGCAUGAACCAGGAAAAAAUGUCCAAAUCGUCGGGAAACGGAGUGAACCCGUUCUUUGCCAUUGACCGAUUCGGCGUCGACACAAUCCGCUUUUUUCUCACGUAUCACGGGCCCCUGCGCAACGACGCCGACUACGAGAAUGAACUAGUCGCACGAUACUACAAGAAGCACCUGAAAAACGGCUUUGGCAAUCUCGCGCGCCGUGUUUUGGGGGUUACGAACUGGGACUUGCGGCCGUACUUUGAGGCGGUGGAGGCCGGGACGUUGCCUGAGCCAACCGAGGAGGACCGUACUAUGGAGGAGAUUCUGCGAGCAGUUCCGGGGGAAGUUAAGCAGCACAUGGACAAUUUAGAUCCCCAGGCGGCCCUGCGUCGGAUCAUGGAGCUACUCGAACGAACUCAAGUAUACUUCCACAACACCAAACCCUGGGAACACAAAAAAGUCGACCCUAGCAAGGGCUACCGCAGCAUCUACAACGUCUGCGAAUCUCUCCGCAUGAUCAGCAUCCUGCUCCAACCGACCAUGCCGGCAAAGGCGGCCGAGAUUCUGGAUUUUUUCGGGGUUGAUCCUUCCAAGCGCGACUUUGCGGCGGCAGCCUAUGGGGCCGAUUUGGAGUAUGCAAGACGAAUUGAGAAGAAUAAUACGCUUUUUUUCCCGCCGUUAUUGGUUGAGGAUUGA